AUGAGGCAGAAGGGAAGGGCACCUGUUCUGAAGACGCCCAACUGCUCUGUGGGCAACACUGUGCUGGACAGGGAAGCUAUCAUCGAGGCACAACAAGUGCUCGUUGAUCAGGGAUUGGACGGCACAGUCAAGUUUCUGGUGGAGGCAGACCUGGCACAAAAGCAGGUGGUCUUGCCAGUCCCAAAGAGCUGCCCUUCAGGCGACUGCAAGUCCACCAAGUUCCACCAGGUUGUGGAGGAAUCAGAGCACACGGAUUACCAGGAGAUCAGGGUGCAGGAGCAGGCGCAGAGCCUCUCCAUGGGCUCCCUCCCGCAGUCAAUGACUGUCAUCCUGACAGAUGACCUGGCAGACAGCUGCAGGCCAGGAGACGAUGUGGAGGUGACCGGCAUUGUCACGCGGCAAUGGGGAAGGACGAUACCUGGGGAGCAGUGUGAGGUGGACCUCACCCUCCUGGGCAAUAGCCUGUUUGUGCAGAACAAGCGCAGCGAUGCCGUUGACCUCUCUGCAAGCAUCGUUCACUCUUUUUGUGACCUGUGGAGGGCCGGCGCUGACAAACCCCUCGCCACUCGCAACCAAAUAGUGUCCAGCGUGUGCCCACAACUGUACGGCCUGUUCACAGUCAAGCUCGCGUUGCUGCUGAUGCUGAUUGGUGGGGUGGAGCGGGUGGAUGAGAGUGGGGCGUCCAUCCGUGGGCAAGUCCACAUGCUCCUGGUCGGUGACCCUGGCACAGGAAAGUCGCAGCUGAUGAAGUACGCUGCCAAGCUGAGUCAGAGAUCUGUGGUGACCACGGGCAGAGGCUCCAGCGCAGCCGGCCUAACGGUUGCAGCAGUCAAGGAGGGAGGCCAGUGGGCACUGGAAGCAGGGGCGCUUGUGCUGGCGGAUGGCGGGCUGUGCUGCAUAGAUGAGUUUGAUGGCAUGCGAGAGUCGCAGCGCGCAACCGUCCAUGAAGCCAUGGAGCAGCAGUCCGUCAGCGUUGCCAAGGCUGGACUGGUGACCUCACUGAGCACAAAGGCCACAGUGCUGGGUGUGACUAAUCCCAGGGCAUCUUCCAACCCAAGGGAUUCCCUGGAGGUCAUCACAGGGCUCUCUGGGCCUCUGCUGAGCCGCUUUGACCUGGUCAUGGUGCUGAGAGACGCCCAGGGCCCUGACUGGGAUGCCACUGUUUCUGAGCACAUUCUGGCAGGCCAUCAGGGACACCAUCAGCCCCACCAGCAAUCUCCAGACAACGCAACCAACGGCCACAGCAAGGUGUGGACGCUGGAGAAGUUGAGGCAGUACAUUUGCUGGGUGAAAGAGACAUUCCGGCCAGACAUGUCAAGGGAGGCAGAGGGCACCCUGCUGGAAUACUGGCAGAUGGCAAGGAGCAGAGACGACAGGCAUGCAGCCAGAAGCACUGUGCGCAUGCUGGAGUCCCUGGUCCGCUUGUCCCAGGCUCAUGCGCGCUUGCUGGCUCGUCACACGGUGACAAGGCAGGAUGCCAAAGUGGCCAUAAUGCUGGUGGAGUCCUGCAGCAACAGCUCUAGCAUCUCCAGUUUCAGCAAUGUGCUGCAGUCCAGAUGUCCAGGGGACCCUGACGCUGAGUAUCUGAAAGUGGAGGCGUGCAUCACCAAUACUUUAUCAGCCUGGCAAGAAACAUUGAACGACUACUAGUCUGAUUCAAUCAGGUUCAAUCUCCAACAUCUCUGAGCUCACCAACUUCAUUGAAACUGGCGGCAUUGUUGUUAGUAGGUAUUGUAAACUCUGUUGAAUCCACAAGUACAGUGGUUAAAGCAGCAGUGGCACCUCGGGCCAGCUCAAACACUCAUACAUAAAGCAAUGAUUGGUCUUAUUAUACAAUUCUGCCAUAUCUCUAUAGCCGAGGUGCACACGCAAGCCUGUGAUGCUAUCGCCACGCAGUGGGCCAUUCGCAUCGCUGAUGCCGUGGUCAGCAAAAAUGCUGAUAAGGCCCUAGGGCACCUCCAGAGCUGCGCAUUGCACAACUUUCACACCACCUAAGACCUGCAAAAGUCCUCCUGCCAUGUUCUGCUUCUCAAGCAUGACUUGAAUCAUGCGGUGCAUUUGCUUCCUCCUCCGUGGGAUUACUGCUCGCUGGUGCCAGUGGUGCUGUGCCUGUCUCUCCGCUCACCCCAUGUGCGCUGGCG